ACACGGUAAGCAAUCACAAUAAAACAGCUUCGUGCUUCCUUUUUCCACUUGCGUGGAUUUAGUUACUGAUUAAUCAAUAAAUCACAUACAAGGCCUCAUGUGCGUCAUAUAACCAUGAUUGGUCCGCUGCGAAUCCUUCAGGCGUGUGGCCACAAGUCCUCAGACCCGCAACAAAUCCAACAGCUCACGCUCGUUCAAUCAGUCCUCUAAUCAUCUACGACUCCUACCUAAACGGCGAGAGUCCUGGUCUUCGUCUCCGUAAUCAUGGCCACCCUAGGCCCCUCGGCAGAAGACUUCCUCAACGACGCGCGCUUCCACCGCACCUUCACACUUCCUGCGGACCCGUCGCACGGCCGACCCCGCCCCUUCACCAUCAAAUACGCCGACUAUGGAUAUCACAACAACAACCAUAACACAGCCCAUCCGGAGGAGGAGGAGGAGGAGCAGGAGAAGGCGGAGCGCGUCCUGCUCUUCUUCAGCCCGCUGAUGGGCUCCCGCCUGCUGCAUAUCUGCAAGGACGCGCUCGCGCGCCGGCACCGCAUCCGCAUCAUCAACCCGGACCGGCCGGGGAUCGGCGGCACCGACGCCGCGCCCGCGGGGGACAGGCUGGCGCUGUGGCGCGACGCCCUCCCGGCUUUGCUGGCCCACCUGCACAUCCGGCACCUGCACGCCGUGGCCGCCCACUCGGGCGGGACCGUGUACGCGCUGGACUUUGUGCUGCACCACCCGGAGUUCCUCCUCCUGCCGCCGCCGUCAGGUCCAGGCCCAGGCAUAGGCCCUUCUCAACAAAGGCUCGCGACGACGGUACUGGCCCUCGGCGCGCCCUGGAUCCUCCCCGCCCACUCGGGCUCCCUCCCGCUCUCCCUCGCUCAGAACCUGCUCCCCGCCGCGGCCGUCCGCCAGGCCGACAAGCUCGCCGCGUUUGUCAACAACCACCUCGGCCCGGCCGUGGGCUCGUCCAUUGGCUUUGCGGCGCGCCUGAUGCCGAAUCGGCGGCAGCAGCAGCCUCAGCAGUGCCAGGAGCAAGGGCAGGACGGUGCCAAUUUGGAUGAUGAGAGGGCACUCGGGGGACGACGGCCUGAGCAACGAGGUGUUGUUGUUGACGACGGCGUGCGGUUCGAAGAGAAGAUUGUCUGGCCGGCGCUGAUGCGGCGGGUGUACGACGAGGGCGUGGCCGGGCUGGGCGAGGACGCCGUGCUCUUUCUGCAGAAGGCGCAGGGGGCUAGGGCUGGGACUGGGGCUGGGGAUGGGACUGGGGCGGGACCGCCAGGAGGGUGGGGGGACUGGGGUGACUAUGACACUUUGGUGGUUAGGUUGCGGGAGGUCAUCAGGCGAGAGGGGAGGCGGCUGCGGGUGAGGGUGUACUAUGCUGAGAAGGACGUGGUGGUGCGGGACGGAGGGACCGAGUCGGACGGGGCCAGGUGGUUUGAUAAGUGCUGGACGGAGGGGGCUGGAAGCGGGGAUGCGGAGAGGGAUGUGAUUGACUACCGAAGUAGGACUGUGGACGGAGCGGACCACGACCAUGUGUGGGAUCUGCGUUGGGGCGUGGUGCAGGAGGUGUUUGCCGACGUGGGUCAGGUGGCCGAGGAGGGCUCGGGUUCCGGAUAGCCUUGGGAAGAGCGGAAAAACAAGUGAGCGAUUCGACGAUAUUUCUCGAGCGAGUUAGGUUGAUAAAAGUCCUAGCUUCCUAAGAAUCACUCUAUUCUCUUGGAUCAGUUGGUUUCCCCUGUCAAGCUUUGAGGAA